AUGGUAGAAAAGAAGGCAUCUAGCAGAAAGAACUCUAACGGUAGCUCACUCUUCACUGCCGAAGAUGAUCAAAAACUCAUCGAAGGAUACAAGAAGUAUGGUAAUAAUUGGAAGGAUAUCUCCCGAGAAUAUUUCAACGGUCGAUUCAAGACCAAUCAGCUUUUCCAACGUUACAAGAGAGUUCUCGUUGCUAAGGAUAAGGAAUCCACUUGGUCCAAGAACGAAGACAUUGAACUCCUCUCUGUGUAUCACCACUUUGAGGGAUCUUGGAUUCAAAUGAGCAAAAAGUACUAUAAGGACACCAGAACAGACAACCAACUCUCAAACAGAUGGGCUUCUCUGAAGAAGAGUUGCUGCCUCAUUGACACCUUUUCCAAGUUGAAACCAAACAUUAAGAAGGAUCUCUACACAUUUUACAAAAAGGCAAGAAAGACCACUGGUCCAGACAGUAUUAGGGAAACUAACUUUACUGAAAUUGUAGAAAUUCCAGAAGAGGCCUUCCCAAAGAUUUACCUUGGUGAAGGACGAAGAGUGCAAAAGGAAAGCUCUUCGAAGAAGAGAAAGACAGCUCCAAAGAGAGAAUUGCCAACUGAAACCUCAACCAAGAAGAGAAAGACAUCUUUUAUUGUUGAAGACGAUGAAGACGAUUCUUCCUCUUCAGAAGACGAAGAUGAAGUGUCAACCAAUGACGAUAUUGCCAUGUUACCAAGAACCACACGAGGUCAACGAGUCAACUACUCCAAGAUGCUUAGCGACGAGGGAGAAGAUGACAGUGCCACUAAUGAAGACGAUGAAUACGUACCAAAGGAAGAGGAAGAAGAAGCUGUAGUGCUACCAUUGCCAGCCCAAAAGCAACAACAACCACAAGCCUCUUAUUAUCAUCCACUCAGCCAACUCUCCAAGCAACAAGUUGAAUGGUUGCAAGCUCAAAAGUGUCCAUCCAAGAGAUCCUCAUCCAGCACUGCUCCAGUUUUUGUUACGAACAGUGUUGAUCUUGCCUGUGACGAAGAUAUUGUUGCUCCACAACAAGCACAACAAGUCUUCGUGCAACCUCAACAACCAGUGAUGGUCAAGAUGGAGAAGCAAAUCCAAUACACUGUCGUUGACAAUCGUGACGUUAAUCUCAAUUUCAAUGAAGAAGAGUGUUUGGAAAUUGAACGAUUCCUUGGUGCACCUUACAGCAACUUUGAGACUGAGCGAAACUACUCGAUGGAAGACAUUUUGGCCCAAACAAGAAUCAUUAAGGAAUUCCUCGAACAGUCCAAGACAAUCAAGCCACAAGAAGAGAAUCCAUUCACUGCCAUUCAUGACGACUUUUGUGCAGAAGCCUGCAACAAUGACAUGUUUGAUUUCUCGACUUUCAACAGAGCUCCAAAGUCACCUUUGCUGUUCGAUGACGAUCUUGAUUUCUUGUAA